AUGAGACAAGCUUCUAACUACAUUCCACGCGAAAUACUUGAUAAUAUUUGUGCACAGAACGAUAUUGCCGAAGUGAUAUCGGAGUGUGGGGUUUUGUUGAAGCCUGUUGGUAAAACCUACAAAGGGCUUUGUCCCUUCCACGACGAGAAAACUCCCUCCUUUAACGUCUCCCCCGAAAAGCAAGCGUUUUACUGUUUUGGGUGUAAUGCCGGUGGCAAUGUCAUUAGCUUCCUCAGAAAAUAUGACGGCAAGUCUUUUAUGGAAGCGAUGGAAUGGUUGUCAGAGCGCGCAGGUAUUCCGCUGCCAGCCCAAGACGGAAGAGCACGCCAAAUUAGCCAAAAACGUCUGGAGCUGCAAGACCUGAAUCGUUUUGCGAUGGAGCAUUUUCACCGCCAACUCCUGGAUCCCAAAAUUGGUGGCUAUGCGUUGGCAUACUUGAAAAACCGGGCCAUCAAAGAUCAAACGAUCAGGGAAUUCCAACUCGGAUACGCGACCCCGGGACGCCAAGAUAUCGUUAAGGCUGCCACACAAGCCGGUUUCUCAAUCCAACAACUCAUUGACGUUGGACUCAUUAGGAGCGAUGAACAAGGAACCACAGAUCGAUUUCGAGGGCGCGUUAUCUUUCCAAUCCGCGAUGAGCGCGGCAAUCCCGUUGGAUUUGGUGGGCGUGCAGUGUCCGAAGAGCAGCUUCCCAAAUAUCUUAAUUCUCCUACCACCGCCCUUUACGAUAAGAGCAAAACCCUUUACAACUUAUACGAGGCACGUCAAGCAAUCCAAAAAGAGGAGAAAGUGAUUCUCGUUGAGGGCUACUUUGACGCACUCAUGCCGUAUCAAGCGGGUGCCCAAAAUGUUGUUGCGUCGCUGGGUACUUCGUUUAGCGCCUCACACGCCGAUUUAUUAAAGCGGUUUGCCGAUGAAACUAUCCUCCUCUACGAUGGCGAUCCGGCGGGCUUUCAGGCGACGUUGCGAGGAUUACACAUCCUUCUGGCGGCAGGAUUGCGUGUGCAGGUGGCGAGUCUACCUCCCGACACAGAUCCAGAUCAAUUUAUCCGUGCACAAGGCCUUGAUACGUUUAAUCAACUGAUCGAUUCUGCGAUGAACCUAAUCGAGUUCCAAAUUCAACGGGCAACGCAACAGCAUGCAAUUCAUCGCAUUGAUGUGAAAACACAGGCUAUCAAAGAAAUUGCUCUGACCUUAUCGAACCUCAAAAAUCAGGUCGAACUCAGCGAAUACGCGAAGUACGCAGCGCAAGAACUCGACAUUGAGCGGUCAGUGCUUUUGAGGGAGUUGCAACGUUUGGGCGUCAAGAUGUCUCGCCCAGUUUCGCCACCGAGACACACUCAAGCCGCACCAACAGCAAGGAUGAGCCCGCGUGAAUCGAUUGAGUGGCAACUGAUUGAAGCACUGCUACAAGGUCCCGACCUCCUCUCGCUUGCCAAAGCGAAUUUUCACUAUCAAGACUUUACCCAUCCUGACUUUGCAACCAUUGGCAGGAUGCUCUGGGAAGCAAGCGAUAAUGAGGCUAUCAUUGAUAUGCAGAAUCUUAUAAAUGCUUGUGCUAACGAAAAAAUUACAAGCAUAAUCUCCAAGGCUCUUCUAAAAAAGACAAUCCCUCCAAAUUUAACUACACGAGUGGAGGGAUGUCUGAAGAAACUCAAAGAUUUUCUGUUGUGGGAUGUUGAACGCAUGAGGCGUUCUGAAGCUCUUGCACAGGGGAAUAACAGCAAAAGCAUUCUUGCAGAACUCGUUGAACUCUCAAACCGAAGAAGACAGUUAGCCCGUUAA